AUGAAUUUUUCCAACAUAUUCAAGUCCAUUUCGAACUUCCAGUUUCCAUACACUAUAGAAGAAACUGCCACCAGUGAAACUGCCCUCUGGCAAUCUUUUGAUGGUAUAAGAAAGGCAGAUUCUUUGCCAGUAACUGUUUUCAAGGCGAAGAGGUCUCCAGAAAAUGAAACUCUGAUUUUGAACGCUGUACACAAGGCCAAAAUUUUGAAAAUUCCGGGGCUUUGUAGUGUGUUAGAAACGUUUGAUUCAGAUCCUCAAUCCACAUUCAUUGUUACCGAACGAGUGGUUCCAUUUCCUUGGGAAAACUUCAGCUCCUUUUCUAAAAACAAAUUUGGUAUCGAGUUGGGAAUAUCACAGCUAUUAACAACUUUGGGAUUUCUAAACAAAUUUGUCUUUGGCACGCUUUCCAAAGAUUCCAUAUAUAUCAAUAGUAAGGGAGAAUGGGUACUAUUUGGCCUAGAACUUUGUUCAAACAAAGAUAGCUUAAGUGCCUUUGAGUUUGCUAGUAAAGCGAGAACAUAUUACAGUCUAGUGGGUUCGCAGUUGCCCUGUGAAGAACCGAAUACAAUUGAUUCAAUAAGAUUAGGUUCUUUGAUUAAAGAUCUCAUGAGUCCUUCUACUCUCCCAAAGGAUUGGAUUGUCAAUGUCAAUAUGAUUUCUGAUGGGAGGAUGGAAAUCGAAACCUUCAGAAAAAGGUUAGAAAAUACAGAAACUUGGCGUUCCAAUCCUUUAAUAAACUUCUAUCAAGACUUAAAGGAGUUGCAUAUAAAGGACUCUCAGGGAAAAUUAGCUGUUAUGUCAAAUUUGGAAAAUUUGUACUUAGAGUCGAGAGAAAUAUUUCGCAAUUUGACGCCUGGGAUGACUGAAAACUUCAUUAUUCCAGAACUCUGUGAAAUCAUAAAAUUACUUAUGACGCAAAGUGCCGCCAGCAGCGCUAGUCAUGUGGCCAUGAACUUCAGCGCAUCACAUAAGCUUGUACCGUUCCUAGCGAUUGUUUUGGACUUGACUUCCGAAACGAAGACCUUUCCAGUUGGGUUUAACGAUCUCAUCGCCGAAAGUUUUAAACUAUCCGAUAGGCAAGUAAGAUUUCUUUUGUUAAUAUAUCUACCCAGACUAGUAGGGCCUUUAAGUACGUCAGAGAUCUCUAGCAGAAUAUACCCACAUUUUAGCCAAGGCUUAACAGAUUCCGAUGCCACUCUUAGACUACAAACAUUGAAGACAAUACCAUGCAUCGUGCCUUGCUUGACAGAGAGACAACUAAAUAACGAGCUGCUGAGAUUUCUUGCGAAGACACAGGUUGAUCCUGAUGUUGAAAUCCGAACAUGGACCGUCAUCAUCAUAAGUAGAAUUUCGACUAUAUUAUCGACCUCAGUCGGUAAUCGCUCGAAUAUCUUGGCUACAGUAUUUACAAAGUCCUUGAAAGAUCCUCAAGUGAAACCAAGAAUGGCUGCACUUUAUGGACUCGAGAAGUCAAUCGAGCUGUUUGAUGUGAACACUAUUGCCAACAAGAUUCUAACGGUCAUUGCCCCCGGUCUCUUAGAUAAAAGCCCCACAGUAAGAGAUAAGGCCAAAAUUUUAUUUGAAAUGUAUCUCGAAAAAUUGGAAAAUGAGGCUCAACUUAUCCAAAUAAACGACAAUACUGGCGAUUUGGAAGAUAUGAAGGAAAUCGAUUUUGAUAAUUACGGUUGUGGCAAAGAAGACAUGAAUAAGGAGGACAAUAUAUUAGCAGCGCAGUUUUUGAAUAAUUUACGCUUACAUUCCCCCGCUGCAGCUUUGCCAAAUGGUGCUACCAACUGCGAAGUGGAUUCCACUUGGGAUGACAAUGGGUGGGAUGGCGCCGGCGAUGCUAACGGUUCUACAAUAAAUAGCACUAUGGACUCCUUCGACAAACAGGCAAACCAUAUAGCAACAGUAAGCACCCAAAAGGUCUUAGGGAAAACUGUUGAAAUCAAUAAGAGUUGGAACGAUAACUUGGAUGAUAAUGACUGGAUGCAGGACGAAACUGAUCCAUGGAAUGAGCCUGAGGACCAUCCAAAGCCACAAGCGUCGAUUUUGGGGAAGAAACUCACUCCUAGUGGAAAGCUUUCAAUCAAGAAGAAGAAAAUCACGAUUCUGGCACCAAGAGGUAACAGAAACAGUUCUGUCACCACCACUGCCACCGCCACAAAAGCGACCCGUUCAAAUAAAACGACAAGAAGCAAGCUUGUGAGUAGUGUUAGCAGCCCGACAGCCAAUAAAAGCGGCACAGAUAGCUGGGAUGAUGACGCAGAUGCAGACUCCUGGAACACAAAUUGGUGA